GUUUAUUUCCACUUAUUGCAGUAUAUACAUGACUCAAUUACAAGUGUGGUAAAAUGUAAAGUGAAUGUGUUACGUUUGUUGUAUAUAUCUUGUGUAAGUUGGCURUGGUCUGGUAAACGUUUUAGAAUUAUUCGUUGCUUCAAUGGCAUUUUUCCUGUUUGUUCCAUGUGAGAAUUGAAUCGUGACGGCGGAUUCUGUCUUUAUGGCAAAAAAGGCAAUGAAGCAUAAUUCUAAAACGUUUACCAGUCUGAGACCAUAGCCAAUGAAUCGACAAUGAAGGCAAGACAUAACACAUUAAGAGCACUAUCACUUUAUAUUUACAAAGCAUUCAAUAUGUACAUUUUGUUAUUCUUUGCUGUCGCAUGCUACAUUGUCAAUCACCUCUUCAAUGUCUACAUUUUGUUUUCCUUUGCUUUCGCAUGUUAUAUUGCCUUUCAACUCUUCAAUGUCUACCGCGAGGCGUCGUCAAGGCUUCCRCCAGGACCAUUCCCACUUCCAUUCAUCGGAAACCUCCAUCUUCUCUCCAGCAAGCCCUACCUGGAUAUGUCAAGACUAGCACGCAAGUAUGGCCCCGUUUAUCGUCUUUGGAUGGGAUGGAACCGCGUUGUUGUGAUUAAUAGCUGUGUGUUUGCCAAAGAAGCAAUGCUCAAACGAGGGACCGCGUUUGCUGGCAGACCACAGAACUUUGUUGGAGAAAUAUUCUCAAGAAACAGUAAAGAUGUCGGCUUUCAGACGUACACAGAAGCUUGGAAAAUCCAAUACAAAGCUAUCGUGUCGAAACUUAAGGAAUAUAUCCGAAAAGAAAACAAAAUGGAGGAUUUAAUUGCCGUGGAGGUCGACGAGCUGAUCUCUCGAAUUGCAAAGACGCGUGGCGCAUCAGUUAAUCCUUACAUGGAUGUGCRUUUUUCCUUUGGAAACAUCGUAUCUGCUUUAUCGUUUGGAAAACGGUAUGAGGACCCAAUGGAUUCCGAGUUCUGGCAACUGAUGAAUGCUAUCAGGACCUUCUCUGCUAAUCUAGGACCUUCAAAAAAUGUCAGUUUUAUUGUGGAUACAUUUCCAUUUUUGAAGCAUUUUCCAUUCACUKCCAUYAASGAURUCAAACAUKSUGMMAWGGUACGCGAUAGAAUCCUCAAYAAGAAAUUUAACGAUCAUAAAUCUGACUUUGAAGACCAAGAAACWUKKRGAACUGGUGACCURACAGAGUUUUUGAUCGAUAUGACGUAUAAGAAAUCCAGCGACGACCCCRAGGCUCAUCCCGAAUACAGGCUAACCGAUGACCACAUCAUCAUGACCAUUAAUGAUGUCAUCGCAGCCGGAAGUGAUACCCCAACUAWRAAUUUUCUCUGGAUUUUGUAYUUCCUGGCAAARUAYCCUUCAAUCCAGCAACGUCUUCAACGCAARAUCGAYGACGUCAUARGYCCAGAUCUMCGCCCAAAAUGGGAGGACCGCAAAAAACUCCCAUAUUUGGAAGCGUUCAUUGCCGAAGUUUUKCGCUAUWCAAGUGYUAUGCCYYUGGGGAUCCCCCACAAGACAAUCAAUGACACKYURCUYGGUSCUUACAACGUGCCUAAAGRUACUAUGGUGUUAAUYAAYGUGUACGCCAUCCAUCGUGACCCYGAGGUCUGGGAGAACCCUGARGAUUUCGUCCCGGGACGCUUCCUUGACGAGAAUGGAUCCUUUAGUGUUGAGCGCAGUUSUAACGUGGUGGCCUUUGGAAUUGGUCACCGCAAGUGYCCUGGAGAAGCUAUGGCGAAAAUGGAGGCGUUUCUAUUUACAUCUCGCWUUUUGCAGAAGUUCAGAGUAGUGGCCGAUAAGCAUGCUGGUCUACCAAGUGUCAACGAUGCCAUAUUUGGUAUUACCUUACGACCAGCGGAUUUCAAAGUGGCUAUUUGCCCUCGACACUGAUUCUAUUUAAAAGUCUUCAUAUAUAUCAGAACAGAAUUGCUGUUCAGCCACCGAUGCCGACUUGUAAUAUACGUAUACUUUUUUUGACAAUUUGAAACAAAUCUUUUAGUUAAGCCAUAGUCAAUUGCAUAGCUCUUUCUUAUAGUAGUUGUUUUAUUUCAACCGAAGAGACCCUGGAUUAAUUUGUGUUUUUUUUUUCGAGGAUUUAACGUAAGUUACUUUUAUUAAUGUAUUGUAGAAUUCGACCUUUAAACCGACGGAUCGAAACGGAUUUCGAACUGUGAAGCUAUCGGCUCAUUUUCAGUAGCUUCAGUGUUGGUGUGUUCCGACUGUAUYGAAUGCAGGUGGUCCAUGGCCAUUUAACAUAUUCUACACCUAAACAGCAAUCUUGAAAUUUAGACAAUAAGUUGGAUAUGAACCAAUUCCAUAGCACAUGCUCGAGUGAUUAUAACUUUUGUAUCAAAUGAAAUAUCAUUGGAAAACGUUUAAAAACGUUUUUUGUAUAUUUUGUUGUUGUUGUUUUGUGCUACUGAUGAAAUGAUGACAAUAAGAAAGAAUGGUUAUUUCUAAUAUA